AUGGUGUUCGCCAAGGGAGACCCUGGGAUCGCUGCAUUGUAUAACAAGCUCCUCGUCUCAAAAGACUUAUGGGCCUUUGGAGAGAAACUCAGAACCAACUUUGAAGAAACCAAGAGCCUCACUGCUGGACACAGGGACCUUCUUGAAGGAGACCCUUACUUGAAACUCAGGCUGGGUGACUCUUAUAUUACAACUCUGAAUGUCUUUCAAGCCUACACACUGAAGAGAAUCUGUGAUCAAAACUACAAUGUGACUCUACGACCACACAUUUCGAAAGAGAUCAUGCAAUCAAGCAAAUCAGCACUAGAGCUCGUUACGCUUAACCCGACGAGUGAAUACGCUCCUGGUCUUGAGGAUACUCUCAUCUUGACCAUGAAGGGUAUUGCUCCAGGAUUGCAAAACACCGGUUAA